AUGAUGAUGGCUGUCGAACAUUGUAUCUACCGGGUUGGUCGGCAAGAUGGUGAUGGCCGUCAGCCAGACGCUUCCCAGGCGUUGGCCACGGCUCAACCACCGCUCCAAGUCGGGCCUAUCUCCCAAGUUCCACCUGAGGGGGCUCCCACUGCAGAGGUGGUUGAGGUCGACACGGUUACUACUGCUACUGAGCCAAAAUUACCCCUCCCGAGCGAGCAGCAACUCAGGUCAAUUUUACUUGGCGUAAACCUUACGUGUACAUUAGAAAAAGGUGAAAUUAAAAAACAGCACCCACAAUUCUCCCUAGUCCCUUUAUUUCUUUUCCUCCCAUUUUUCUUCCUCCCCCCUCCUCUGUUGGAGCCAUACGAACCCGGUGGUCUCGUUAUAGCCGACCUCGAGGAUGUUGUGGAGCUGGAGCAAGCAACGCUGGAAGUGCAUCCACUCCAGGAGCUCCAGCGACUUUUGCUUGAAAAUGGUGUCGUCGGUGUGAAAAUGGUGUGGGGGGCGAUCUGGUGGGAAGCCAUUUGCUGCGGUGUUUGA